UUUAUCUAUCUAAAGACUGGGACGGCCACAAGCCAAUAUAUUUUUAAUUUCCUUGUUUUUUCUGUUAUUGAGUGGUCCGAACUUUGGAUCACUAUAUGACCUUGAGUGUCAUUGAAAGAUUAAUAGCUAAGAUGAGUAAAAUUAUCCCCUCUGCCGCUAAGAUUCUAUCCGGAAACACUGUUACGAAAGCGGCCGCCCCAGUCGUAACAUCGUCAAAAGCUAAAUACAGUACGAAAAAUGAAGCUACAUUCGAAACCAAACCCUUUAAACUCCACAAACUGGAGAAGGGCCCAGCUACAACAGCAACACUCACUUCAGAAGACGCACUUGACAUGUAUACAAAACUUGCAAUGCUGCGUAGACUAGAGACUGCAGCUGGCAAUUUGUAUAAGGAAAAGAUCAUCAGAGGAUUCUGUCAUUUGUAUUCAGGUCAAGAGGCUGUAGCAGUUGGUAUGCGUGCAGCAAUGCGAGAUGUGGACUCAGUGAUAACAGCAUACCGUUGUCACGGAUGGACACAUCUCAUGGGAAUCAGUGCAGUUGGGGUUUUGUCUGAGUUGACUGGCCGUAAGAGUGGAUGCUCCCGUGGUAAAGGUGGUUCUAUGCAUUUGUAUGGACGGAACUUCUAUGGUGGCAAUGGCAUUGUUGGCGCACAGGUGCCAUUAGGCGCAGGUGUAGCGUUCGCCCAUAAAUAUAAAGAAGAUGGUGGUGUAAACUUUGCUCUUUACGGUGAUGGAGCAGCCAACCAAGGACAGCUCUUUGAGGCUUACAACAUGGCCAAACUGUGGAACUUACCUUGCGUGUUUGUUUGCGAGAACAAUGGAUAUGGCAUGGGUACUAGUGUGGACCGGUCGUCAGCAAGUACAGAUUAUUACUCUCGAGGCGAUUACGUGCCUGGCAUCUGGGUGGACGGUAUGGAUGUCCUGGCCACCAGAGAGGCCACCAAGUUCGCUAUAGAACAUUGCACCAGCGGGAAAGGCCCGUUGCUAAUGGAGAUGGAGACAUACCGGUACAGUGGUCACUCGAUGUCCGACCCAGGCACGUCGUACCGCACGCGCGACGAAGUUCAAGAAGUGCGCCAGACCAGAGAUCCCAUCACGUCUUUCAAGGACAGGAUUAUCAACAACGAACUCGUUACGCCCGAUCAACUUAAGGAAAUCGACGCUAAAGUACGUAGCGAAGUAGACGCAGCAACGAAACAGGCCAAGUCUGAACCUGAAAUCGGAAUUGAAGAGUUGGCCGCUGACAUUUACUGCAACAAUCUGCACGAUGAAAUCCGCGGUGUACACCCGGAGGCACCGUUGCAACACAUUCAAGUAGCUGUGCGUAACUAACCGAAGGUGUUCGUUGCACCAAAUAUGUUUGAAUAAUAUUGGGAUAUUAAUUUAUUUCACUUUUCAUGUUCUUCUAGUUUUAAACUAUACCUAUUGUAGUAAAAACGUGAUUAAUUGUUGAGCGGUGAGGUCAUCGUGUUUUAAAUAUUUUUUAUUCCGUUGUGCACGUGAUACUCGGCUGAGUUACAAAAGUGUACUGAAAAGUCAACAGCCUCGCGCUGGUGCCAGGUGUCUGUUCCUUUAACAUGCAGUGGAUGGCGCCAGGAGUAUUGUAUUGUGAACCUUAUGACUGAGUUACAAGGGUUGUUAUCUCAAAUGUGGUUCAAGCUUAGGCGCGAACACCUAAAUUUAUAUUUAUAAAACUUCGUUGCCAUAAUACGGUGGAAUCAUUAAUUUUUAAAAAUACAUUCAUCUAAGAAAAUUGCAGUUUGUCUAAAUGGAAUGUGUCGAUUAUUAUAAAAUAUAUUGUAAUUUAUUCUUCUUCUGAAUCGUUUUCUCACUGCUGAAGGUCGUGACUCGCAUUUCAUCCUGCUACUCGU